AUGGAAGAUAUAACGAAAAACUUGCAAGACAAAACUAAUGAGGAUCUAAAAGACAUGAUCAAUCAACUCAGGAAGAAAGCUAUCGAGUAUAGUAAUCAGAAUGAAGUGAUUGAGAAGGAUAUUGCAAUAUAUAGAGGCAAAACAAGAGAAAUCAUUCAAAAGAUCCCAGAAAUCGCAGAAAUUUGCACUAAAAGAACAGAAUAUCUCGAAAAAAUUAGAAGAAGCGAAAGAAAAUUAUUGGCAUUAUACACAAGAUUCCCUGGAAUUAUCAACGAAGACUCUUCACACGUCUUAACUAGCGAUAUCUCAAGUCUCAAACGUCACCUUGAUAACGCUUGCAAGAGAAAAGAAGAGGCUGAAGUAACAAUUGAGAAAUAUAAGAAAGAACUUGAUGCUUUACAAGCAAAGAAAGUCGAACUUACUCAUGAAGAUAAUAUGCAAGAUGAAAUUAUGGCUCAAAGAGAACAAGAAAAAUCAAACCUUGCAAAAUUACUUCGUCAAGAACUCGAUACCGCUAAGAAGCUUUAUACAUCUGAAGUUCGUGUCAUUGAUCAGAGGUUAUCAUCCGGAAACGCAUUACAUAAUGAAUAUACAUCAAGAUUUAACUUAAUGAACGCACAAUACCUUACUCUUAUUUCCCAGAUCAACAGCCUCAUUCCAUCACUCAAAGGGGAAGUCCUUGAGCUCUCAAAAGAGUUCAUUGAUAUCCAUUCUCGCGUUAAUUCCUUAUCUGAUCAAUUCCUUCAAUGGUGGGCCACAAGAAGGCAGGUUCAAUUCUACAAUGACAGGAAAGUCUUCCUGGAAAGCGUACUUCAAUCUACUGAAGAGAGAAUGGAAGAAUCUUAUAAAACAAUUCAGGAUGUCCAUGACAGGAACCAAGCCAAAGCUAACGAAAUCAAAGAAGCUCAGAACAUGAACCAAGUCAUUUCUAAUCGAAUCGCCGCAGCCGAACAAAAAGAGAAAGAUUUGAAAGCAGAAUUAGAGCGAGUUCGAGCCAGUUUCGUUCCUCUCGACAAGAAAAUCACAGAUGCCCUCAAGACAGAUGAGCAGAAGUACCAAGACUUGAAGAAUGAACAGAGAUCUCUCGAAAUCGACUACCAAGUUCUCUCAGAUACAUCACCUGAAGCCGCCAGAGCAUUCGAGAGACUCGCAAAGGUCAAAUUGGACUACCACGUCGCCAACAAACGCCUCGUACAGAAGAAAAACUCCAUCGAACUUCUUAAACAACAAAUUGAAGAAAAGAAAAGUGACAAAAAUGUUGUUGAACCCGCCAAAGGUGUCAUUUCAUUGGGUUCCAUGGCCGAUCCACGUGUCAUUAUUACUGAAGAUGCCAAAGGAAACAAGAUUGUUUCAGCUGGUCCAAUUGAAAUCCUUUCUCGCAUCAUAUUCGAACCGGCUAACGACGAUCCAUUGUAUCCAUACUCAUACAUCUUCUGCGUACACACCAUAAAGAUGGAAAUCCCCGUUGUCGUGAAGCAUAUUAAGUCUGCAUACGAAUCCGGAGAUUAUAAUGAGACAAGACAAGCGAGAUUACGCGCGCUCUUGGAUGUAUGGAACAAAUGGUUCUUGUCCGACUUCCAGGAAGUCUCAGAAUUGGUCUCUUUGAUCGGUUGGACAGCUCAGGAAUCAGAUUACGAUAAAAGUGCCAAUGUCACUUUUGAUAAUAGUAUUGAAGUUGACAUGAGUUUAGAUUUAGUUUUCCAAUCGAGUCCCCUCAUUGUCGCAGAGCACUUGAGCUACUACGAACUUGAAAUUUUGAAUGCAAUGCCUGCUUCAGAAUUUAUCGGAACAAGUUGGACCAAACCAGACAAAUGGGUUCUCGCACCGAACAUCAUGAAGAUGACUGAGCACUUCAACACCAUCACUUCUUACAUCGUGACUUGCAUUUUGUCAAAAGAAAGUCCACAAGAAAGAGGUGAACUGAUUUCGAGAUGGAUUGAAAUCAUGGUUGCAGCAUUGGAUAUAUCGAGUUUCCAGUUGGUAUUCGAGAUAUUCGGUGCACUCUGCAACCCUGCAAUCACAAGACUCUCAAAGAGUUGGGAUUUCGUUUCGCAAGAAAACAAAGACAACUUUUUGAAAGCUCAGGAGUUCACUUCACCUUCAAGACAAUUUGCCAUUUACAUGGAGCGUCUUAAAUCUACACCUGUUACUUGUGCGAUUCCUUACAUCGGACCAAUGCUUACUAACUUGGUUUACACACACGAUGGCAAUCCAUCGAAGAAGAAACUUCCUGGAUCUGGUGAAGAAGUUUUGAAUUUCUCGAAAUACAGAAUUUAUUCGAGUAUUGUAAAGGAGAUUUUCAAGCCUUGGGGAAGAGAUAUCAACUGGAUUUUGUCAAAGAAUAUGCUAAUUAAGGUCAAACAAAUGCCAUUGCCAGAACUUGUUGAUACUGAGGCUUUCGCAAAAUCUUCUCAAUUGGAACCAUAA